AGAGGAAAAAGGAAUUCCCUGGCGCGAUGAGGUUCCGGUUCUGUGGUGAUCCGGACUGUCCCGACUGGGUCCUGGCAGAGAUCAGCACGCUGGCCAAGACGUCCUCUGUGAAGUUGCGGCUGCUCUGCAGCCAGGUACUAAAGGGCCUGCUGGGACAGGGGACUGAUUAUGAGAAGAUCCUGAACCUCAUGGCUGACACCAAGUUUGAGUCAGGCGAUGUGAAGGCCACAGUGGCAGUGCUGAGCUUCAUCCUCUCCAGUGCGGCCAAGCACAGUGUUGAUGGCGAAUCCUUAUCCAGCGAACUGCAGCAGCUGGGGCUGCCCACAGAGCACGCCGCCGGCCUGUGCCGCUGUUACCAGGAGAAGCAAAUUCCCUGGCAGAAGCACUUGUGGGUCUGCAGCCUACGCACAAACAGGUUGGCAGGUGCGGGCUGGCGGGCAGACUACACCCUGAGCUCCAGCCUGCUGCAGUCUGUGGAAGAGCCUAUGGUGCACCUGCGCCUGGAGGUGGCAGCUGCCCCAGGUACCCCAGCCCAGCCUGUUGCCAUGUCCCUCUCAGCAGACAAGUUCCAGGUCCUCCUGGCAGAGCUGAAGCAGGCCCAGACCCUGAUGAGCUCCCUGGGCUGAGAAGGGAGUUACAGGCCUGUGUGGAGCCGCCUUACCUGUAUGGAGUCAUGCCCUCUGCACUGCUCUUCAGGAGGUGCCCCGCUUCUAGGAAACUGGGGCCCUAGCUGGGCUCUGGCCUCCCAGAUCCCCGGCUGCCUCACUUCUCUCUUGAGAGCUCGGCUUAGGGCUCGUGAGGACCUUUCCCAGCAUUCCCUUCCCUUCCCUUGAAAGGCAGUUGUUGGCCAUUUUUGUGAGCAGGAAAAAUAAACAGAAGCAUAAAAAAAAAAAAAAG